AUGAAGAGUACUGACCAUCUGGUGGUAGCUCUUGAUGACUCCAUCCCCUCAACCUCCUACAUCAACGAUUACAGUUUAUGGAACAGACCUCAAGAAAUGACUUCCGAUAUUGCAAUACCUGCUGGUUAUUCAGUGGCCGCAACCACUACAAGGACUUUUGGCUCUCGAAAUUACGGAACCGACCUCAGGUCUUCUGAAGAUACCCCUGCUCUUACCAACCAAUGGGAGAACGUCGCCCUUGAAACUUACCCUGUUAAGAACGAGUACAAUGAAUCUGUAGCAGCCCUCAGUUAUUUCAAUAGCUUCUCCAACUUAGCCGCUGCCUCGUUAGGAGAAAAUGUGGUGCCAACUGACCAAGCUGCUGACGCAUUUGUGAAGCCCGACGCUGGCGUUGGUGCGUAUACGUCACAGCUUGCUUACAAUACCAACGAGGCGAUCUCUUCGGGUUACUUUGGUACACACGCAGUUGCUGCGUCGUUUGUUGACUCUGCUUCUAUUGAUAGUAUUGGUGCUGGCGCAUGGGGUCGACAGAUGUUCCCUUCCGAGGUGGGCUUGAUGCACCGCCACAGCUUACCUGACGUGGGAAGUGCAAGAAUGGCCUAUCCAGACAAGGACUACAAUAAUCAGACCAGCUUUGGUCUGUAUGAUGUUGCUCAGUUCGGAGACUCAUCUUUGCUUGGUCAAGCAGUUGCGACGCCAAAUCCAUCCAUCUUACCUGGAAAUUACACUAUCAACCAACGCCGUAGUGUUUCUGAAAACCUGGACAAGUCACCUGUCCAGGGCCACGGGGGCCCUACGAACUCUUGGAAGAGUAACAUGGACUUCCGUAUGGAGCCUAUUAAUAGAGAUUGCUCGAUCGAUACCCGUGGUGAAGGAGACCAUCCCUACGAUACUAUCCCAAUGGCUUGUAUGUCAGCACAAGAACGGUGGGGUCUUUACAUAAAGAAUAACGAGGCUAUUCAAGAGCCUCAGGAGAGCAUGAUUUGUACCCACUGCGAGGUCAAGUUCGAUGUGUUGGAGAAGUAUCUUGAACAUUUGGACAUGGAAAAGGUGAAACACGAGAACUUCUGUCCUGACCACUCAUGUUCCUUCUCAGCGAUUGGUUUCCGAUUCCGCUGGCUACUAAGAAGACACAUCUGCAACCACCACUUAAAGACAUACAAUAAUGACAGUGCUAAGAAACACCCAGUCAAGGUUCCUGAUAAGUUACUCAAAGAGUUCCUUCGUCAUGUCUACGUUUGCAACGAGCUGAAAUGCUUGCGGGCGUUCUACAGACUGGACAGUUUGCUGAGGCAUAUGCGUCUCAUCCAUGGCCUGCUGAAAAGGGUAUUCCGAAAAGACCGUUCCGGUAAGUGA